AUGGUAAUCUUCACAGUGACGUCCAUCGGUGCAGCAUUUGUACAUAAUAUAUGGGCUUUGGUAGUUGUUCGCUGCAUUCAAUCCAUCGGUGUCGCCUGUGGUCAAUCUCUUGGUACUGGCUACAUUGCUGAUUUAUAUCCUGUGGAAGAGCGCGGUACAGCUUUUGGAAAGUAUAUGUUUAGUGCGAUCUUGGGACCUGUAUCUGGACCUAUUGUUAGGGGCUUUUUGAUCAUGAGUCCAUUGGGAUGGAGAGCUACCUUUUGGUUCUGCUCUGCAUUGGGCAUAUUCAUCUUUUUGAUUACGCUCUUCUUUACACCAGAGACGUUUCGAGUCGAUGCUAAAUUCGAUAUUGAAUUGCUUGUAAUCAGCAACGAAUGCAUUGAUUCUGGUGCGUCUGCCAAAGGCACGCUCAAUUCCAGCGAUAUGUCCAUUGCAACUACUGUCACCCAAGGGAAAUCUACUAUUGCAGCCAACAAGGGUCAAACCAAAAAGAGAUUCAAUCCCUUCACAGCCUUUCUCUUACUACGACAUCUGUUCAUUCUUCUGGCAUCAGUUGUAGCUGCCCUCUUCUUUGUCGCCAUGCUUGCAACAGAGGCUAUUCUUCCAGACGCAUUUAAGCAAGUCUAUGGUCUCUCGUCGUGGCAAACUGGUUCAUGCUGUCUGGGUGCUGGCAUUGGCAAUUUAUCUGGUGCAGUUGGGGGUGCUCACAGAGUAGAAGACAGAUUGACCGCCAAUGCCUGGAUCACAGGUUUCAUCUUUAGUCCUCUAGGCAAUUUGCUCUUUGGCUGGGUGGUAGAACACAGACUGAGCCUCUGGGGUGCUAUCAUUGCCUUUGGUAUUCAAUGUUUUGGCACUGUUCAGGUGGUUACCGUUGUCACUGCGUACCUGGUUGAUGCAUUGCCUGGAAGAGGCGCAUCUGCUACUGCUGCUGCUACAUUCGUUCGAUAUGCCCUUGGUGCUGGCUGGACUUGUACUCUAUUCGCUUGUCUCUCCUGGUUGGGCAUGUUGAUUGCAUUGAUCCUAAAGCUUUGGUGGUGA